AAUCGAUUUUAAGGUGACAACUUUAGACCUAAUGUCAAUUGUCAAGACAAGACAAGACUUAAGUGUACACAUAACCCAAACGUAACGAAAUUAGGUUUUGGUGUUACUGUUUAUUUUAUUGCAGCACACAUUAUUAAUAUUUGUCCUUUGUGUAGUGUUUUGACAAUCCAGAGUUCAAUUUUUAAGAAGAUGGCAAUUUGCAUAGUAUAAUGAUAAAUUACUCUGUAACUCAUCUUCCAUUUCAAAUUUAAGUUUCAACUGAAGUUGAAUCGAGGGCAAAAUGGAAAAUAACAAAAAGGCUGAUGAUGUGGAUAUUCCGACAGCCGAUGGAAAUCUGUUAGAACAACCAAGACUUAAGACUGCUCCAACACGAAAUCCUCUGAUGAAAGUACGUACUUAUGUGUUGGCACUUCGACCGUGGUCACUCAGCGGAAGCUUACUGCCGACUCUAUUAGGAGCGGCACUAGCCUAUCGUCUUCCCGGAGAAAAUGGAUUUAGUUGGGUUACAUUACUCCUCACCCUGUGCACCAUCAUUCCAGUACAUGGGGCUGGGAAUGUUGUUAAUACUUAUUUUGAUUUUGUCAAAGGAAUAGAUAAUCGUAAGUCGGAUGAUAGAACUUUAGUUGAUCAUAUUUUAAGUAUAGAUGAAGUUGUAUCUCUAGGAGCUAUACUAUAUAUGGCUGGAUGUGCAUUUUUUGUGUUAUUGGUUAUAAUGUCGCCUGCUAGAAUGGAACAUUUAGCCUUGGUGUAUUUUGGAGGCUUAUCAUCAUCAUUUUUGUAUACCGGAGGUAUUGGCUUAAAGUAUAUUGCUCUAGGUGACAUAAUAGUUCUAGUCAUAUUUGGGCCUGUGUCUGUUGUGUUUGCUUUUCUAGCUCAGACAGGAAGAGUUGACUGGCCUAUUUUCUACUAUGCAAUACCAUUGGCUUUAAACACAGAAGCUAUUUUACAUAGUAAUAAUACCAGAGAUCUUGAAGCUGACAGUAAAGCUGAAAUUGUAACUCUAGCAAUUCUUAUUGGAAGAACUGCAUCUCAUUUGCUAUAUGCAUUUUUACUUUUUACUCCAUAUAUCAUGUUUGUAGUUGCCUCAGUUCGGUGCUCGCUGUGGUUUUUACUACCAAUGCUCACUUUACCUCGAGCAUUUGAAAUUGAAAGAAGAUUCAGAUGUCCUGAAACUAUGCAGUAUGUUCCCAGACAAACUGCCAGGUUGAAUUUCUAUUUUGGAAUGUUAUACAUGAUAUCCUGUUUGUUUGCUAAUAAGCUACCAUUCCUUUUGAGAUAAUAUAUAUUUAAAAAGAAAGAUUAUUGGUAGUAAUAUUUUUAAUGGAAUGUACUUACUGAUUUCGUAUAGCAUCAUAAAAUUGCAGAUUUAACUUGUAUUGAAGUUUUUUAAAAUUUCAUUUAUAUUAUAUUACUUAAUAAGUUAUCAAAUUUAUUGUAUUCUUUACAAAUGCAUGAUAGAGUUACAUAUUUUAUGUUUUGGUUAAUAAGAUAUUCUAUGCCAAAAUUGUUUUAUAAAAAACCCCAAAAGUUGUUAAAAUAUUAUUUCUGACUGAUUCAAUGAUGGCAGUUAAUUUAUUUUUAAUUUAUAUUUUUCAUACUUAAUUGAAAUAUUUUGUUGUGCUUUUGCUACAUGUUGUAUAAAAUGUCUUGCAUGGAUUAAAAAUAAUAAAAAAUUAUAGACAUAUCAUGAUGAAAAAGUUUUCUAGAACAAGAACAGUAGCAUAGCAGGAUGUUGUAUUCAAAAAUAUACAGUAAAACAAGAUAAAGGUUAUUGAUAACUUAUCUUAGAUUUACAUAUAUACAAAUGUAAAGCAGUCUGUCUGCCUUUGAAUGUGUAUUACUUUUUAGUGUGUUUGAACAUCUAAUAGUAAACUAUUAUGAAAUCUCAUUAUGCUAGCUACCUCAUUAUUGGUCCAACCGAAGGUUGAUUUCUUAAUUAAUUAGUAAAUACCAUAGCUGAAGCUGAUUAAUCCGCUGUGCCACAACCUUUGGCCUAAGCCCAAAUUUAAUGAAUCUAAGAAAUUCAAGAUUGGCUAUAAGUGAAUAAAAUAUUUUUCUUUUAAUAUUUAUGCAGGCUAUACAAAA